GCCUGUCGCCGGAGCGGGAUUCGCUUCGAGCUGCGGCUUUGGAAGUGGCAGGAGCAGCUGCGCUGUGGGCCGACUCGGACAAAGCUGCGGCUGAAACGGUGCUGCAGGAGAUCCUGGACGAGGCUAUGAGCUGCAAGAGCGGCGAGGGCAUAGGGCUUUGGCUCUUCAAUGCCACCAUCAACCGCUCCCGCACCCCGAAGGCAGUCUUCCGUCUGCUGGCGGCCAUG